AUGGGCCGGUCACAUGCGAAGAACACGACGACCCAAGCCAACCUCUCGUACUACGAGCGACUGAAGCUCAAGCAAGGGACUGCAGCGCGGCGCCUCGGCCAAGAAUCCUUCAAGCCGCUCGACGCGUGCAACCUCUGCCUCUCGCGGGCGACGGACCCCGUCGCAUGCGGCGAGGCGCACAUCUUCUGCCGGGAGUGCGUGAUCGCCGACCUGAUCGGACAGAAGGCGGGGAUCGAGACGCAGAAAGCCCAGUUGCGCGCAUGGGAGGAGGACGACGCGCGGCGGCGCCAGGCCGCGCGGGACGCGGCGCGCGCGCGCGUCGUGGCUGAUUUUGAGCGCGGUAUGGGGCUUGCUGGCGGGCGCGGCUCUAAGCCCUCCUCUAGCUCGUCCACCCCGGUCGGAGCGGGGAGUAAUUUCAAGCUCGAUGAGGACGCCAUUGAAGCCGCGGCGGGAGAAGCGGAGGAGCGAGCGAACGCCGCCAUCGAGGCUGAGGCGAGCGAUAUGCGCAAGGCCAAGAUUGCCGCGUUCUGGAUCCCCGCCAACACGCCCAGUGCCCCCCUGGGCCCGCUCAAGGCCGUCAAGCUCCAGACGCUCUGCCAUGUCGGCGGGACGGGGAAGGCGCACCCGAUCUCGCUCAAGGGCCUGCUGCCCGUCGUGCUCAAGUACCCGCCGGGCAAGGACAAGGGCGGCCAGCCGACGUGCCCUUCCUGCCAGCGCGACUUGAGUAAUGCGAGCGGCGCGAUGCUCCUAACUUCGCGGGAGCCGGCGGGCGGAGAAGAUAGGACAGUGGAGGAGAAUGGUGGCCCACGGAAGAAGGCCAAGAAGGAAAAAAAGGAGAAGCUUCCGCCAGCGGUGUGCGGACACGUCGUAUGCAAGACGUGCGCGGAUACCGUCGUCAAGCCUGCGGGACGAUGCUGCGUGUGCGAGGCCAAGGUUGAGCCGGGGGGUAUGCUGCCGCUGGGGUCUGAGGGGACAGGGUAUGCUGCAUCAGGUGGGGCGGAGGUCAAGACCAGCAGUGCCGUCGUCUUCCGUGUGUAG